AUGCCGCUCGCAAAGGUCGACACCGUCAAGUCGGACUUCGACAUCCCGAAGGACAAGCUGACGGGCAACCUGGACUUCACGGUGUCCAAGCACGUCAAGUUUAAGGGCCGCGUCGCACUAAAUGACAAGCUGGUGAGGGCGGAGGUGGCUGGACGGGGAUGGAGCGUCGCCUAUGACAUCCCGAAGAAUAGCGCAACUGCUAUCAUGACGGGGCGAAUUGAGGGCGCAGACAUCAAGCUGACACAAUUCGUUCCAGACAUGGACUGGAAUGUGGUCCCAUCGCCUGAGUUGGAGCUCUCCACUAAACUCAUCAAACAGGACGACUGGAACGACCGGCUGAGGCUGAAGUACGACUUCCGAUCCCGAAAGGGGUCCAUGCAAGAACGUGUGUUCAUCCACAAGAUCCACAAGGUCAUGAUCUCCAUGGACAACACCACCAAUUGGGAUGGCGCCACGUACUUUGCGCGCUCCAAGCUGGGCUACCCGCUGUGCCACAACCUGGGUCUCCGGUACUCGAUGGCGGGGGGGCCCGUGGUGAGGUACAAGAUGCGGCCCAUUCCCAGGCUGAAGAUAAAGACAGAAACUGCGCCGAAGCCGCAGACCUUCUUUGCCUCGAUAUUCUACAGGCCAGAGCUGAAAGAAAGUGCUGACGUCGGCUUAACCAUCAAUACCCCCUUCGGAGGCUCCAAAACGAAGGGCAAGAAAACGGCGGCCGGCAUCGCCCUGAGGUGGAAAUUCUAA